UCCGACGCUGUAUUCGUUGUUGUUGCUGACGCUAACUUCACGGACAUAAUACUUACUUGUUUUCCACUGCAGCAGGUUAGCACAAAUUUGCAGUAAGUUAGUACGAUCGCACGGUAACUGCGAUCUGAAGCUGUCACUAGUUUGACAUACGUGACCUUGGUCAUUACGGCCUACCUUGGCGGGAAGGCGACGGUGACGCAAGCUUUACCGACCUAGGAACCUGGACGAGCAGCUCGGGCCCUGCAUCUUUGCAGCAAACCGUCGUCACUGAAGAAAGAUCCAUGCUGAGCACCGAGUACCGGCUCAAGUUUCAGGACUUCAGCGGCGGCUCUGCGCCGCCGUCCGACGCCAGCUGCCCGGAUGGCGGCGUUCGCGGCCUGGGCAGGGCCAAGACCUGGUACUCGGACCUCCUCGAGUCGCGCCGCAAGGCCGUCACCUAUAAGGUUCGAGGAUGGGGUAAGGAGUCGGCGCCUUCCCACCUGGUAUAUCUAUACGACCAGGCAGAGGACCCCAGCCGGCCGCCCGAGAAGAAAAUCAUCUCGGCGCUCUACCUGGAGACGCUCCAGCCAGGAUUAUCCCGCGGCCGGACGCCGGUGCCGGACCGGAGUCGGGCCGGCACCGCCGACAGCACUGACGGCCGCGGCCGGACCGCCGCCGCAGUUAGCCGGCCUCUGCCGCCGCACGCCGCCGCCGCCGCCGCCGCCAGGAAGGCCUCCGCCAAGGUACGGUCACUCUCCUCCGGGCGAGUCUGUGCUCUCUCGACCAGUCCGGAGCGGAACUUGUCGCCGUCGACGGGCAGACAACUUCCAAAGGGCGUGGCGCGCCGCAGCUGGCGCCUCGACGGCCCGUGUUACCAGGGGUCCGCAAGGCGCCGUCGCAUCUGACACGCCCUGAAUGAUAGGACAAAUCGCUGGAGGAGAAUUAUCGAUGUUUUGAUCCUUUGGCCCCAUGAUUAAGAAAAUGCUUUUAAGAAUGCAUAUUAUGAAAACAAUGAAGCCAACUGACUAAAAUAUACCUACCGUAGUCAGAAACGGCACAUCGAUAUUAUUUCUUUUGUCACUUUAUUUGGCUUCCUUUUAUCGCAUGUGUCCUUGUUUCUUUGGUUAUUUUUUUAUAAUAUAUUUCUUAAUUGCUCAAAAUUUUCAUUUCUUACCCCGUUUUUCUCCCGUGCUGUUUUUAUAAGGCGAUUCCCGAUUCGUUUCUUUUGUGUGUCACGUUUCGUCUUCAGCUGUUCGAAUGUGCAUAUAAGGACCCGGAGUCCCAACAGUCAUAAUAGCGAUAUACCUAACUACGAGCUUGGGAGAACGAGAGGAACUCGCCAGAUGCUGCCAUUCGGGAGAGUGGGGCUAUGCGUUACACUUUUUGGUCUUCUGCACGUAGUGGCCAAGCUAUUCAAUGAAAUUGCACCAAAUUUGGUCACAUGCUAGCUGAAUCAAUUUGGAAAGCACAUGUAAGCUUUCACUUCUUUACGACAAUUCACUUUUAUGUGAAAUUCAGAAAGCCAAAGCAAGAUUUUUGUGGUAAGUUGAAAAAUUGUGGGGCAGCUUGAUACACGAUAUGGGGUAACAUGUUACAAGUUUCUUUUUUCGCAGUUUCUUCAUCAGUAUAACAGUCAUUGGCCGUCCUAUCGGAACCGAUCGUAAGCCUCCCUAAUGGAUAAUACUAAACAUGCUUUCCUUUCUCAUUGAAAGGCAAGAACAAUAAAGCAUAAACCAUUACUGUACUCCACACGCAUGAAAAGGCUCAUCAAACAUGGCUCAAUCUCUGAUUUGCCUUUACUGCGACGCCAAGGGCACCAUGCAUUGCCAUACUGACCGGAGUUUGAUUUUCUGCACGAAAUUUACGCCCAGGUGAAAUGGAGCGCGCUAUAAGCAGUCUUGGGUAGCCAUCUUUAACAUGCCCUGGCCCUGCGGCGGCCGACUUUCACAGGACUGAACUCAAAUGUUUGUUUACAUGAAGAGGCUAGUGCGUUUUACUUGGUGAUCUUACAAAAGAAAUCAUCGCUUAAUUUUGUGAACAUACAUUCAACAUUCUUACACAAAUAACCUUGACAAAAAACGACCCAAAGUGUUGGCCAGC